AUGGCUGAGAGAUGGUGCUUUGCCCAUCAUGAACCAUCGACUCAAUCGGUUCCCUUCUCUAGGGAUAUUGUGGGACUCGCUAUCUCUGUUCUUUCAGACCCUCGCUCACCCCCAGACUCCAGACUCACUUAUGUCGCCGGCUUGGAGCUUAUUUAUCCUAGUGAUAAGCCAAACACCGUUCUUGGAUAUCGUCUUCCGGGAAGUCGAAUUAUGAUUGAUCUUCAAGAAAGGCCACUUAAGGGAUUCGAGGUGAUGAUUGGAGAAGGAGGUGUUCGCGCAAUCCUUCCGCUUUUCGAGAAAAUGAACAAUUGGAUUGGCAAGCCCGUUGAUAGAUCGGUGGAUUUCCGCGGACCCGUGCGGAUUUCAACGGACAAUGAGAUAUUAGGCCUUUCGGUGGAUUUCGAUGUUAUGAGCCCCUGGAUGCUCUAUUCAACCUCCAUCGGCCCCUCCAUCGACGCCGUCGUCACCAUCGUCACCAUCGUCCCCAUCGACAUCGACAUCGACAUCGACAUCACCGGCUAG